AUGCUGCAGUACCACCCCGGGCCUGUGGGGGUGGACCCUGACAUGCUGCAGUACCACCCCGGGCCUGUGGGGGUGGACCCUGACAUGCUGCAGUACCACCCCGGGCCUGUGGGGGUGGACCCUGACAUGCUGCAGUACCACCCCGGGCCUGUGGGGGUGGACCCUGACAUGCUGCAGUACCACCCCGGGCCUGUGGGGGUGGACCCUGACAUGCUGCAGUACCACCCCGGGCCUGUGGGGGUGGACCCUGACAUGCUGCAGUACCACCCCGGGCCUGUGGGGGUGGACCCUGACAUGCUGCAGUACCACCCCGGGCCUGUGGGGGUGGACCCUGACAUGCUGCAGUACCACCCCGGGCCUGUGGGGGUGGACCCUGACAUGCUGCAGUACCACCCCGGGCCUGUGGGGGUGGACCCUGACAUGCUGCAGUACCACCCCGGGCCUGUGGGGGUGGACCCUGACAUGCUGCAGUACCACCCCGGGCCUGUGGGGGUGGACCCUGACAUGCUGCAGUACCACCCCGGGCCUGUGGGGGUGGACCCUGACAUGCUGCAGUACCACCCCGGGCCUGUGGGGGUGGACCCGGAAUAA